CUGAGGUGAAGUGAAAUCUCUUUCUUGUUUCGUUUUCGGCUGGUGUUUUUAAAAUUCGCGGGGUUUGCUUGUGUAGUUGUUGAACUUUCCUUGCUGAAUAUUACAACUGUGUUUAGGCUUUCAAUAUCAUUUGGAAUUUUUCAAAGUUGUUUUUUGAAUAGAGGGCUACCAUGAGUGAAGGGGAUUUUAUGCAUGUAAUUAAAGUUACAACACAUGAUAUGCAUACCGGAGGUGAACCUUUGCGCAUUAUAACUUCAGGCCUUCCAGAUUUAAAAGGAUCUACUAUUUUGGAAAAGAGAGUGUAUGCAAAACAACACUUAGAUCAUUAUCGAAGACUUCUUAUGAAUGAGCCAAGAGGUCACAAAGAUAUGUAUGGUGCAAUAUUGUUCCAGGAGAAGCCAAAUGAAUUUGGUGUUCUAUUCUUGAAUAACGAAGGCUAUAGUCCUAUGUGUGGACAUGGUGUCAUUGCACUUGGUCGUUAUGUAGUUGAUUAUGGCUUAGUAAAACCUGUAUCUCCAGAAACAGAAAUAACUUUUAACUGCCCUUGUGGUCCUGUCCAGACAUAUGUAGAAUAUAACAAUAAUUCAAGUGGUUCAGUUCAUUUUGAAAGUGUUCCAGCUUUUGUCUAUAAACUUGGAGCUGAAAUUGUUGUGCCAAAAAUUGGAAAAGUGUUGAUUGAUGUGGCGUAUGGUGGUGCCUUUUAUGCCAUUAUAAGUGAUAAGGAUGUAUCACUGGAUUUAAAGUCUACGCCUCUAACUGAAAUCAUUGAUGUAGCUGGAAGAAUUACUGAAGCUGUGAAGAAGCAAUUACUUAUACUGCAUCCAGAAAGAGAAGAAUUAUCAUUUUUAUAUGGAACAAUUAUCACUGAUGGAAAAGAUAAAUUUACUGAUGGUACUACAACUAAUAUUUGUAUUUUUGCUGAUAAGGAAGUUGACCGCAGUCCUACAGGAUCUGGUGUAACUGCUCGCAUGGCACUUCAGUGGAAAAAAGGUUUCAUUUCAAAAAACGAAAUAAAAGAAUUCAAAAGUGUAAUUGGCACUACAUUUACUGGGAGGAUCAUUGAUGAAACUACUGUUGGAGAUUUUCCUGCAGUAAUAGUUGAAGUUUCAGAUAUUUCUUAAAGCCAAGAAGAUUUUUUUUUCACUGAGUAUAGUAAAAUCAUAAUCUAGAAUUGUAUAGGGAAAAAAUUUAAUUCAUUCAUAAUAUAUGGGAAUUAAUUUGUUACAGACAAAUAAAAUUCUUUUCAACAAUUUUGUUGAAAAACUAAGUACCAUUUCAGCAACUUAAAAAUGCUUUUCAAGGUUCUACUCUUAUUAUUAUACUACAUGGCAUCUUCUGUAUAAGGAUAGAGAAAUAAAUUAUUUCAAUUAGGAAUUGUACAUAAUUUUAUAAAACAAAGAUUUAUAAAAAUAUAAAGCAAAGAUUUUAUUAUUUUUCAAAUUUUAAUGUUUUAAUCCUAUUAUGAAUAUGUAUAAAAGCAUUGUUUCCAAUGCUUUUAAUCAAUAUUUUAAGUACAGUACACUUCCGAAUAUCCGGUUCGUAGUUAUCCGGCCUAGUUUUCUUUUAUCAUAAUUAAAUGAGGAAGGCUCCAUUGACAAUAUUGCCAAGGCAUUGGAAACAUGCAUCUGUUACAAUCCUCCUACAUGCCUUGUGCAAAAUACAAACUGUGACAAAAAAAGUGUAGCAUUCUGCUCGUUGUUUCGUCAGUGCAUAACUGAUCUCAAUUGUUUAUGCUGUCUCUGAUUAUAACUGCACAGUAUGUACAGGAAUUCGUAAAUUGUCCUUAGGGUGUGUUUAAUGCUUUUUUUUUUUUUUAAGUGUACCACAGUGAAGAUUUUGAAAUGUGUAAUAAACGAAAAGAAGGUGUAAUGACUGUGCAAGAGAAAUUAUGCUCUAUAUAGUGUCUAAUCUGGUGUAACAGCCAAAAAUAUAACUUCGGAGUUUGGAAAAGUACAGAGGGGAACUGGUAAAAAAUCGUGCAGAAAUAAAGUGGCAUGUUGCACAACAUGGCUCGAGAUAAUUAGAUGGCUUAGCACUCAAUAAGAAGUGAUAAAAUAUGUAUCAUAAUAGCGUGUUUUGGUAUAAAAACUUCUGGUAUCAGUGAAUAAAGAAAUGAGUUCAUAGAAAUCCGGCCCAUCCAGCUUUUUUGCUAUCUGACCUACCCUUCCGCCACAUUAAGCUGGAUACUCGGAAGUGUACUGUAAUAGCAUUUUUAAAAAUCAAAUUUGUGAAGCUAUGUAUGUAAAGUGAUAUACAUUGUAUCUUCCUUAGCAUAACUGUGCCAAAUAUUUUGAACCAGGUGUUCUUUUCCAACCUAGUAUAUAUAAAUAAUAUAUUAGUUAUAUAUAAGUAUUUUCGUACAGUAUUUGAUAAAUCAAUAUUAAAAGUGCAGACAAAAUGUGAAACUUGGCAAAUAAUACAUUAAUCAUGCCUCGUUUCAUAUGUUUUAAGCACUUUUCAACUUUAUUCUGGUUUACCUUUGGUUUCUAUUUGAUUAUUUCUGUUCCUAUAUCAUUUGUUUUAUAUCUUUUGAUUGCAUACUAUUUUUCCUCUUUCUUUCUUAUAUAUAUAAACUGUUUAGAGUUUUGAUGUUUUUAUCAAUUUCAAAUUUUG